AUGAGUGAGAAUAAUUGGCCGAAUGAACUGCUUAAGACAGGUAUUUCGCCUGGAGAACAUGAAGAAAACUGCGAGGAGAAGAAUUCACAACCAAUGUGUUCAUCACAGUGUUCCGGAUUCACCGAUACACACAUUACUUUCCGGAAGAAAAUCCCUGCUGUUGUGCCUCUCGUGUCGUCACCCGUUGAUUCACCUCACUCUUUGUUACUUUCACCAAUAUUGCUUCGUCCGAUUCGCUCACUUUCGACGCAAAAUAAUUUUUGUGGGUUACCGUCAGAAUUUGAUGAAGAACAUCGUUUAUCACGACAAAAAAUAGCUGCAUCCUAUCAGUUGCCACGUACAUUUGCAGCUUCAAAAGGUGUCACAGUGCUAAGCACAAAAACUGCUGUCGAAAGAGGUAGUGCUGAUAAUUCAGAGAGCCGUUUUUUAAUGCAAUUAUCACACAAACGAGGAAGACGUUUGUCGGGUAUGCUUAGUCAAAAAUCAAUGGAUUUUUCAUGUUCAAACCAUACUGCAACGUUGGGAAAUUUGGUACGAAUGCGUAACUCUUCAUUAGGCCAUUCCGAUCCACAAAUUUCUGCAUCAGUUGUUCAGUCGUCUUCAGUUCGUCUUCGACGAAAAGAUGGGAAUCAUCCUUCGUAUUCAUCAGCCAGUAGCCUUGGAUGUCAUCGAAGUUUGAAUGCUUCAGCAUCGCCUAUCCUCGCACGAAGAUGCCGAUCGCCUAAUCGUUUUGCAGUAUUUCCUUUUCCUCAUGGAAAAACAAAUCCAUCAGUUGUAUCGCUUAGAACGCGUACAACGCCGUUAGCAUCAGCUCAGGAUAGUAGACGCUGGUCGGUUGCAUCUCUUCCAUCAUCAAGCGGUUACGGGACACCUGGAAGCAACUCAGCAUUUUCGAGUGAAUAUUCAUCGCAAGAACAGCUUUGUGACAUUCUUACUGAUUUGCGACUUAGUAGUGCUGAGGGUUCAAAUGAAGAUUUUCCAGGACAAAAUCGUCCUCGUUCUCGCAGUUUGACAAAUUCUGUAAAUUUCGGUUCUGACUCGACAUGUAGCGUUGUUUUCCAUAAAACAAUUUACAAGGAACGCUUUCCAAAGGCGAAGAAGCAGAUGGAGGAGCAACUCAGUCAAUUAAUCGAUGAAAAUGCCCCGUUAUCUGAUGUUGCAUCUUUGGAUACGACAUUACGACCUGAAAGUAUAUACUUAGAUGAUACCUGGGAUGGCUCACCAAAUACUUCACUUAGCUCACUGAUUAGUCGCCGAUCGAUGUUGGCUGAUAACGUGGAGAGUGAUCCCAGAAUGCGACUGAUCUCAGAUGGUGCUACACGGUUUCUUCAUCAUCAAAUUAUCGAAGUUGCAAAUGACUGUCUAUCGAAAUCGAAAGACGACCUCACCAAUGCUUCUUAUUUCUCAGAAAUAUCGCAAAGACUCGAAGCUGUUAUCGCUGAAGCACACGAAAAAACUUCACCUGAAAGCUUUGCUUUUUUAUCUAAAAUGGUGAAGCAUGUACUGAUGAUAAUUUCUCGUCCGGCUCGUAUUUUGGAAUGUUUGGAGUUCGAUCCAGAUCAAUUCUACCACUUAUUACAAGAAACUGAAGGGGCGGUCCGCGAACAACUCGGUGCAGGUGACGCUAGAGUUCCAGAUUUACCGCAGUACAUCAUAAGCAAACUUGGUUUGAAUAAAAAUUUGAUGUCCGAAUCGACAGUUGAUAUUUUAAAGGGAGAGCCAACUUCACUGUUCGAUGAUGAAACUCGUUCGGGUGUUGAGUGUCAACGCGAUUUACAUGAAAGACGCCCACCAUCCGAAGAUGACUAUGAAACAGUCAGAUUAAUAAGUAAUGGAGCGUAUGGCGCCGUUUAUUUGGUGCGGCAUAAAGAAACACGGCAACGAUUUGCACUUAAGCGGAUGAAGAAACAGACUUUAUUAAUGCGUAAUCAAAUAAAUCAGGUAUAUGCUGAAAGAGAUAUACUAACGUUUACGGAUAAUCCAUUUGUUGUGUCAUUUUACGGUUCAUUCGAAACGCGUCAUCAUUUAUGUAUGUUAAUGGAAUAUGUAGAAGGUGGAGACUGUGCAGCUUUACUGAAAAAAGCUGGAACAUUACCACUUGAUGCAGCACGACUAUAUAUUGCAGAAACUGUUCUUGCUAUUGAUUAUCUUCAUUCUUAUGGUAUCGUACACCGUGAUUUAAAGCCCGAUAACCUACUGAUAACGGCAAUAGGUCAUAUAAAGUUAACUGACUUUGGACUUUCAAAGAUUGGUCUAAUGAAUCGUGCAACACUAUUAUGCGAAAAUUACAUGGAUAUUGCGGAUACACAACAAUUUACAGAUAAACAACUCUGUGGUACUCCUGAAUAUAUCGCGCCAGAAGUAAUUUUAAGACAGGGAUAUGGUAAACCAGUAGAUUGGUGGGCACUUGGUGUUAUUUUGUAUGAAUUUCUUAUUGGAAUUGUUCCAUUUAUGGCUGAUACACCAGAACAUUUGUUUGCAAAAAUUGUUAACGAGGAAGCGGAAUUUCCUGAAGAGGAAGAAGCAUUGCCCAUAGAAGCGGAAUCUUUGAUUAAGCGCUUAUUGGAGAAGGAUCCAGUAGAACGACUUGGAUCGGCUGGUGGUGCCCAACAGCUGAUGAAUGACCCUUUUUUUGCUGGUUUAAAUUUCAAGUCUUUGCUUCGUCAAAAAGCAGAAUUUGUACCCCAAUUGGAAGGAGAAGAAGAUACGUCUUAUUUCGAUGCUAGAACAGAUCGCUACAAUCAUGAUGUUGAUAGUGGUGACGAAGAUAAUGCUCCAAUGUUUGGUUCUUUUGAUACUGCAUCACCUCGUCAUUCAGUAAUUAGCACUGAAUCAGUUAAUGUGGCUCAGGCCACAAGUUUUGAUAGUAUCAAGAGUACCCGAUCGGAUUCGAGUUCAGUUUCUCGUCAGUUAAGCAGUGAUUUUUAUGAAAACAAAAUGGAUGCUAAAUAUGAUUAUCCUUUACCAGCGGCAGUGCUACUCAGAAGGUGCUUUUCAUCUCAGCUUCAAAAUAAUUUGUCUACAUCAAGCAGUGAAGCAAAUGAAACAGGCUAUCUCAAUACAGGCUUAUCUACAGAUUCUUCAGUUGAUGCAUUUGGUUUUCCUGAAUAUUCGAGACCGGUGCCAAUUGCAGAAGGUUAUCAGAAUCAGAAGGGCAAUACAGCAGCAUCUUUGCCGCGUUUUUCGGUAACCUGUGAACCCGAUACAAUUCGAACCAGCUCUUGUGAUAAAAAAGAACUGUCGCCUGUAACUGAAUUACGACCAACUUCUAAUCUAACUAUUUUUGAUUCUAAUCGAGAUGAUGGAGUGAUUAGUGAACAGGAUCGUAGUCUGCAACUUGAAAUUCCAAAGCAGUCUUCGCCCUUGCUUGCUCAACAUUCGCCUGCUGGUUCAGCUUCUAGCGCAUCAUCAUUUGAUGGCAUUUCCUCCAAUCCAUUAGCAACUCCUGUUGUGGAACAGAAUUUCCAAUUGAAAGCGCCAAUAAUCAUCAAGAAAGGACCGAAAGGUUUUGGAUUUACAAUUCGCUCAGUACGUGUCUAUUUGGGUGAACAGUCGGACUACUACACUAUUGAACAUUUGGUUACAAAAGUGGAAGAAGGCUCUCCGGCUUAUAAGUCUGGUAUUCGGCCAAAUGACCUAAUAACCCAUGUUCAUUCUCAACCUGUCUCUAAUCUUACACAUCCACAAUUGCUGCAUCAUCUGCUUACAUAUGGAAGUGAACUUUCUCUGAAGACAACGCCUCUCUCAUCAACCUCGAUUCGUGAAGGUGCUCCACGUCGUACAAUUGGGAAAUUGGCUAAAAAGAAACUGAGAAAACCACAGCAUCGUGUCCAGUUGGAGAAGAAGACUCGAAAAUCGUCACUUCUUCGUCGGUUAAGCGGUAAAAGAGUCAGCAAUGACAUUAUUCCAGGAAGUUCAUCUCAGAAACAGACGUUCAUGCCUCGAUCUGCUUCUAGUCAGGAUGGAAUACAGCUAGGCAGCACAACUGCUUCGUCUUCUGCAUUGGCAGUUAUACCAAUGAUGAAUUCAAACGGUCCUGUGAUUAAACGGUUUUCGGAUGCUAAUUUACCUGUUCAGAAAGAAGAGAAACUAAUUUCUGCAUCACCACUUGCAUUGAAAUGCGCAAAUCGGCCAUCUACAUUGCAGGGCUUAAAACAUAAAAUGACCGGAAUGGCACAGCAUUUAACGACAUGCAAGCAGAUAUCUACACCGGCUGCAGUCAGCCCAUUAGCAAGAGACGAAAUUGCUUUCCUUUCGAGAUCGCCUAGUGUCAAGGAAUAUAUCCUUCAUAAAACUUCAAAAUAG